UUCUUAUUUUUUAUUUAUUAAAUUAAAAAAAUGAAAAAUUAGAAUUGAUAAUUUAAUUAAGUGCAAAACUCUGUAUUUCCCUCUUUCAUUCACUUCAUUGAUACUCACGCUAAUUUACCGCCACUACAACACUCACCCUCCCAUCUUCCUCCAUUACCUCCAAUUACAUACGAUCAAGCUUCCCUCCACCGCCAUCGCAACCGCAUAAGCCCUUAGCUUGCCCAUCAUAAAAGCCAUUGCAAUUUCGCUUAUCUGCCACCAUCGCCACUUUAAUUUGUUCUGGUUUUUGUGUCGUUUGAACUACUGCCGGCACCGCCACAGAAGCCACCGAAACCACCACCGCCACUGAAGCCACCGCUCAUCCUCUCUGCAGAAUUUGCGUGUUGUUUCCUUCUUGCUCCUAGAGCAUUGGAGAAAUGCAGGAACAGGCGCUAGCUUUCCUUGGCUUUGCUGAUCAUUCCUUGUCUUGGACUGAUAUGCAAAGUGCAUAUCAGAUUGUUAUUGUGUUUGUAUUAUCUGCACUGUUAGCUAUGUUGCUAACUCCUGCUUGCUAUCAGAACAGCCUACAUGUAAAUUACUCUACUUGGCUAUUUGCUGUAGUUUUCUAUUGUGAGUGCUUCAUUUAACCUUAUUCGCGCUUGAAGAUGCAAAUAAGCUUAUCUCUAUGUUGCCUCUACCACUUGUCUGCUAUCUAUGCUUGUUUUCCACAUUAUUACUUGUAUUAAACAUGUGUGAAUUUAUACCUAUCCAAUACAAAACUAAUUUCUCCUUUAAAGCCUCCCUCCAUUAGUCUUGUUUAAUUAAUUGUUGUCGGUAAAUUGUUAAAAUCAAGGGCUUAUUUAUAUUAGAAGUUCCCUCCAUAUGUUUGUCUGAUUGUAUAUCAUGUGUGAAUGUUUUUGUAUUAUAUGCAUUCAUGGCUAUAUACUGAUGUCACUUAAAGUAUAUAGGAUAAGCUUAAAUUAUUAGAUAGUUGACCAUAUUUUUAAGUUAGAGAGUCAUUUGUUUUUGUAUUUUGGCCGGGUUGAGUGGUCGAGAUUAAGUGAGUAUUAAAAGGUCCCAACUUUCCAGUGCUUUCAUAAACGUGCAUGCUUUAGUCUCUAACUCUCAAUAUACCAUGUAAUCAAUUAAUAUUUUCAUGUGUUGUGCUUAGUCACCUUUACUUAUUGUGAAUUAAUAUUAUUCACUUUUUAGCUUUUGUAUUCAUUUUUUUAUGGUAUAUGCAACCCAUUUUGUGUGGAUUUGCAUUGGACAUAUCAAUUAUUUCGACUUUUAUACUGAGGUGCUACAUAUUUUGAUAAGGUAAGUAACAUUUCUUUAAAUCCUUUUGGCUAUCUUUUGUUAAUUUAAUAUGAUAGUUAUAUUUCUAGUUAUAGUUAUUUUAUAUGCAUGGAAGAAAAGAAUAAAUAACCACAUUGUGUUGCUAUCAAUUAUUACAUGGGUCAGAUUAUAUGACAUGCCUUUUGAUUUUAUACCAAUUUGUUUAUUUUGAGAAAUUUAUAAUUGUUAACCCAAUUCUCUUUUAAGUGGGGUCAAUUUUGGUUUUGGCCAUCAAGUUUUGGGUAUGAGUUUCUUUAAAUGUCAUAUUUAGUGUAGAAAUGGACAUAAUACAUGUAGUUGAGGACACAAUUAUUAUGUUAUUUACAUGUUAUUUAAUUUGAUCAAAACUGUGUUAGUUAAUUUAAAUGUCAUAUUAAGUGUAGAAAUGGACCGAAGUUGGAUAACUACAUCAAAGCCAGGUGACCCAAAAUAUAUUGAUGUGUAAAGGAAUUUAUCACUUUCGCGGUGAAAAAUAGUAGAGGCAGAGAGAAGUUACCAUGUCCUUGUUUUAUGUGCCACAAUCUCUUGUACAAGAGAGUUGAUGAAAUACUUAAUCAUCUCAGUAAAUGGGCCUUUGAUAGAACAUAUACCCAUUGGACUUUUCAUGGAGAGUCUAGGGAAAGAAUUUCUAAGGCCACUUCUAUGGAUGGUGUAAGGGAGGGUCAUGCUAAUUAUGAAAGUGAUCGUUUAGAGGACAUGAUACCUGUAGUUGAGGACACAAUCAUUGAGGAUCCUGCUGCUGUCCAGACCUUAUUAAAUGAUUUUGAAAUGCCGUAGUACCCUGGUUGCACCAAGUAUACCAGAUUGUCGGGUUUACUUAAAUUAUACAAUUUAAAGGCAGGUCAUAGUUGGUCAGAUAUUGGUUUUAAUGCGUUGCUUGAAUUAUUAAAAGACAUGCUUCUAGAAAAUAAUGUUCUUCCAAAAGGUUGUUUCAAAGAGAGAUUGGAGCUUCACAUUUGUAUAUCAAUAACAAUCCCAACAAGUGUGUAUGGACAUGAGCAGAAACUUAAAAUUGAUUAUGCAUACAUUUUUUACUGGUGCUUUCAAAGAGAGAUUGGAGCUUCACAUUUGUCUAUCUUUAUGAAGUACUUGAGCGAAAUGUGUAAACAAGAUAGUGUUGCUGGAAUGUAUGGAUUUUGCGAUAUUGGUUGUUUAUCUCCGCUGACACCAAUGACUGAAGAAGGAUGGUCAGACUAUUUAGCAUGUGUGUUUGGUCAAAAUGAAGGGAAGAAUCUUAAUCAACUUUUCUUUGCUCCGUAUAAAGAAAAUCCUUGGAAUGCAGUGGUGUUUUGGCUAGAUCCAGAUGGAGCAGAAAAUGAAAUUAGUGAAUUUGCUCAAAAGACCAUCAAUGAUGGGAUAAAAAAGUUUAGCUACAAACAUCGAAAAGACAUUAUCAAGAUAAAAAAAAAUCCAGGAAUUAGGUGGAAGAAACCACAGUGUCCUCGUCAAUCACUAAAUUCUUGCGAUAAUGGAUACUAUGUGUGCCGCUACAUGCUUGAGACUAUAGACAAAAGACGACAAGUGAUUCCUGAUCAGUACUUUACUGGAGUUACCUUUUUCUUAUUCUCAAGCAAAGAUUGACGAGCUAAGAGACUUAUGGGUUAAUUAUGUGAACGAGCAUAAGCAAGUCGGUGAAGAAUAUGACGAUGUGGAUUAUGAUGAGUAAAUUUAUAAGCAAGUCGGUGAAGAAUAUGACGAUGGUGUGGAUUAUGAUGAGUAAAUUUAUAUGCAUCGCGCUACCAUUACAAUUUUAGUAUUUUAUAUUGUCUUUUUUCUUUUGGUACUACGUACAACAUAAACACUCUAAAUUUGUACUCGUAGUAAAAUUUUAUUUUCAAUGAAAGUAUGCAAUAUUUUAUCUUGUACAGUAGCUUAUUUUCAUAUUUUUGUUUAUAGUUAUAUAUAUAUACAGGUUUGUCACCUGUUAGGUAGCUCGUUACAUUAUGUUGCUUUAAAAAAAAUUAAAAAAAAAUAAAUAAAUAA